GGUUCUCUCCCUAAGUUCUCAACUCUCAAGCCCUGACAGAGCCAUCACUGUCUCACUCUGAUAACAUGAGGCAGCUUAAUGUUUAGCCCACACACACAAACACACACACACACACACGCACACAUAGGGAAGCAGAGGGAUUACAAAGGCACAGAUACCCAUAUGCUGCCCUGGGAUGGAGAACAGGAAACUAAGUACAAGGAGAACACAAGGUAGCUGUGACCAAGGGACCAGUGUUGAAAAUGAAUCCCCUGCAGAGCGACUUAGCAGCUGCUCCAGUCGUCCUCUCACUGCUCUGGUCCGUCUCUAUGUCUAUGCACUUCACGGCUGCCUCUGUGAGGUGGCCUUCACUGCCGUGUUGGACUGGUGCAGCACCAGAGACAGGAAACUGGCAGGUCACAGCAGCCUGUGGGCGUUGCCCAUGUAUGCCACCGCAAUCUACCUCAUGGAGGGACUGAGAGCGCGGCUGCUGGCUCAGCGUCAGUCGCUGCCUGUGCGUCUCAUGGUCUACACCCUGUUCAUCUACCUUUGGGAGCUGAGCUGGGGAGCAGGGCUGGGGCUGCUGAGGGCCUGUCCCUGGGACUACUCCGGUUACAGGUACAGCCUGGGAGGACUGGUGACUCUGGAGUACGCACUGCCCUGGGCUGUGGCAGCUUUUAUUGCAGAGCAGCAUGUGAUUAAGAACACUCUCCGAAUAAGACUACACAACUGAACUGGUCCAUUCCAAAGACAGCAAAACAUUUAUGGAAAAUGUUUUAGGAUAUUAAAGGGACUUUUUGACAAUUUAGGAAAUAAGCCUGUUUGUUUUUUGCCAAGAGUAGGGUAUGAAAACUGGAACCAUUCACAUUCAUCCAAAAUGUCCAACAUGCAUACUGCCAGGAGAUGGUUCGCUUAGAUCAACAGAAGGACUAGGACGAAAGAGCUAGCUUGGACAACAACAUGGUUUGUACUAGAUCGUUUUUAGCUGUUGAGUGUGCACUGGUUGCUUGGCAAAGUCACAAAGAUGACAUGACUCCAAUUUCACAAUCAUAGCUGCCUGCCUCCAUUACGCUAAGCUAAUCACCUCCUGUGUCCAAACCAUAGACCACUUCUUCCCACUAUUUAAAAAUGAUUCCAAACUAUCUCAGAUACAAACGCUACCAUCUUGAGCAUUUGGAUCCAGAGACUGUUCAUUAGCGAUCAGCGAAUGGAGUCAUGGUUUUUAGGUCCCACACACACACUUGACUGAUCUUGAGUCAGUCUCAGUUGUCAAUCAUGACGUUU